AUGCUGAUUAAAGUUAAGACAUUAACAGGAAAGGAGAUUGAAAUUGAUAUAGAGCCUACAGAUAAGGUUGACAGAAUAAAAGAAAGGGUUGAGGAAAAAGAGGGAAUUCCACCACAGCAACAGAGACUUAUUUUUAGUGGAAAACAAAUGAAUGAUGAAAAAACAGCGGCAGAUUAUAAAGUGAUGGGUGGUUCAGUUCUUCAUCUAGUGCUAGCUUUACGAGGAGGAGGAGGUAGAUAA